AUGUCGCUAACAAUUCUUUUGAGAAGGCACCAGAUACAACCCGUGGUUGGCGUAACCAGGAAGAUACAGCAAUUUCAUACCUCGCGUACUGCCAAUGCGCCUCCAGACCCUGCCUGGAAUGACAAUGAAGACUUUUUUCGCUUUACGCGCUCCAGAUUUCUUUGCGAUGAGGCAGCGGAGUUAUCUCGCCGAUAUGUCAAAUUUGAUGUUGAGCAGCUUGCAAAGAUAUCGGCUGAAGUCUCUGGCCCUGGAACGCGUCGAUAUGUGAAAGUCGAAAAGCUAGCAGAUGGCUUGUAUAACAAGGCUUUGCUCCUAACCAUGGAUGAUGGUAUCCAGGUAAUUGGCAAGGUCCCGAACCCGAAUGCUGGAAUGCCACAUUUUACCACUGCUUCAGAGGUGGCGACAAUGGACUUUGCAAGGAAUAUACUCGGGACACCGGCUCCUAAGGUUCUCGGUUGGAGUUCCAGGACGGAUAACCCCGUUGGAGUAGAGUACGUGAUUAUGGAAAAGAUGCCAGGAGUGCAACUGGAAACAUUAUGGAAUAAGCUUGAUGUUGAGGUGAAGUAUGGAGGGCUUUACUACAAGCAAGAUCUUUCUAACGCCACAAGCUUAGUAUAUACGAACAAGGAUGGAGAGCAGGUAACUGAUGACCGUUUUGCUGUUGGGCCUUCAACAAGCAGACAAAAUACUGAUGAUGGGAGGAUGGACGUCAGCUUUGACAGAGGUCCAUGGACAAAUGCGAAAGAUUACGCAAAGGCUGCUGGCUACAGAGAAAUGGCAUGCAUUGCCCAAAUAUCGCAACUCCCAAAGUCUCCCAUAGGUCUCUACGGGCCCCAAACAUACCGGCCGUCAAAGGAAAAGAAAAUCAAGGCACUUCAGGCGUAUAUGGAGAUUGUCGAGCACUUGCUUCCUGGCGACAAAUCUAUUCAGACAUCCCAUCUGUGGCACAAUGACCUCCACGCGGAGAAUAUUUUCGUCAAUCCAGAAAAUCCAUCAGAGAUAUGUGGCCUUAUAGAUUGGCAAACAACCGAAUUGGCGCCUUUGUACGAUCACACGAUUGAACCUUAUUUUCUCGAUUAUCAAGGACCACGUAUGAACGGGGGCUUGCUAACGCGCCCUGACCUCGAGGAGGUCCAAAAGUUAUUCGAGGAUGACACAGAGCUUACACCAGCGGAAAAAAAGAGAAAAGCCGAAUCUCUCUUUUGGAGAAUGGCCCUCGUUUCACUAUGGAGAUAUACUAUCCAUAUGGGAAUCGAGCCACUAUUCCGUGCCCUUGAGUUUCGUGGAACGGUGAACUUCACACUGCUCGUGUUUGCUCGAAAUCUCUUCCUUAAUGGAGAAGCUGCUUAUCUUGCUAUUUUGGCAGAACAAUACCGGAAUAACUGGCUAGAUAUUCCUGGUAUGCGGAGCAGUUCAAAUAAGGGCUUUCCAUACGAAUUUACACCGGAAGAACUAAAGGAUAUUGACUUCGAUUGUGAAGGUGCCACGAAUGGUAUUAAUAUCAUGCAGGAUGUUAAAGAGGCGGUUGGAUCGCAUUUCUUUCGAGUUGAUGGCACUGUGGAUCACGAGGACUAUGAAGUGGCUAAAGAGUACAUCCGAUUGACUAAGGGAGACUUUAUGUCGAAAUACCCCGAGAGUGAUGAAGAACGCAGGGAAUGGGAAGCUGCGUGGCCGUUCGAUGACUGA